ACCUAACAGUAACAUACUUGUUAAACAUAAUUGUCAAUCAGUCUCUUUUUCAUUGUCAAUAUGUGUACUUUAGAUCAAAGCACAAAAAAAUGGUUAGAAGAAACUUUAAUUCCAAAAUUGAAAAUUUUUUAUUUUAAAUCCAAAUGUGAAGUGAAAUACAAAAUUUCAAUUCCCAAAGAUUCUUAUUUUAUAUCAAUGCUCUUUUUUCUUGAUUUACAAUUUUUUGAUAAUCAGAAAAAAUGUGAAAGCACGAUUCACUUAGUUGUAAAACGUCCAUCAAGUGAUAAACACAUUUCGGAAUAUGUCAAUUUUGAAUAUCUGUGUCACAAUGAAAUUCUUUUUUACACAAAUUAUUCGAAACUAUACAGUUGUUGUCCAGAAUUUGUCAUAUUAGAGCCACGAGAGGAAUUGUCAAUUAUUAUAGAAAAUUUAAGUUAUAAAGGUUAUCAUUUAAAUUCUGAUAAAGUUAAUGUGAGCAAUAAAUUUAUGUUAUCAGCUGUUUGUGAACUAGCAAAAUUUCAUGCUACUGGUUAUGUUUUAAAACAGAAAGAGCCAAUGAAAUUUUUUCAAAUUAUCAAAGAAAUCAAAAAUUUUGAUCAAUUGUAUUCAAAAAUGUAUAUGAAUCUUAUAAAUUGCACAAUAACAAGAGUAUUUCAAUAUCUUCGAAUUAAAAAAUAUGACAGACAUUUUUGUGACAAACUUGAAAUUUAUUUGAAAAAUCCAAGUUCAGUGAUGAUUGAAUUGAGUAAAGGAGUCGAACCAUUGGCAACAUUGUGUCAUGGUGAUUUUACAAUAAACAAUAUUCUUUAUAAGGAGGAAAACGAUAAUAUAAUUAUUAAAUUCAUUGAUUUUUCCAUGAUUAAUUAUUGUUCGCCAUUUAUUGAUUUUGCCGUUUUUUUAUUAUUAAAUGGAACUCGAGAGCAAAGAAGGGAAAAAUUUAACGAAAUUUUCAAUGCCUAUUGUGAUACAUUAUUAAAAUAUUUAAAAGAAUAUGGAAUUUCGAAUUUAGAAAUAUUUUCAAAAGAACGACUAUUAAAUGAUUAUAAACGUCAUGCAAUAAUUGGUUUUAUUAUUGCUUGUUAUUUUCGUCCAUGUUUAAUGGGAUGUUUUGAAAGUAAUAGUCAACAUUUAGAAGAAGUAACCAACGAAGAAAAAUGUAAACUUUUUACUUUAGUUGGAGGAGAUGAAGUAACUAAAAUGUUAGUUGAAAUGUUGUUUGAUUUAAAAGAAAUUGGCUGUUUAGAUCAUAUAUUGUAAAUAAUUCAAUUUAUCAAUAAAUUGUAUUCAAUAAUUAAUUAGUUUCGUUACAUUAUAAUUGAUGAUUAUAACUUUUGUUACCUAAUUAUCAUUAUUCAUAAUAAUUAAACUUUACAUUUAA